AUGUAUAACACAGCAUUAAGUACUUCACUUUGGAUGGGCGAUCUGGACAGUAGCCUGGACGAGCCAGCCAUUAUCAGUGCUUUUGCCAAACUGGGAGAGGUAGCCGUCAGUGUCAGGAUGAUGGCAGACGCCAACAACUGUGGCUCACUGAGCCCAGGGAAUUACUGCUUUGUGGAAUUUCCUGACGUGGACUCUGCCCAGAGAGUGCUGCAGAGGCUCAAUGGAAAACACAUUCCGGGAAAACCAGGGAGGUGUGUAUGUCUCAUGUAUACAUAUGGUAAAGGGAGACAGGUGUGUAUGCCCGAGUUUUCCUUGUUUGUGGGUGAGCUGUCAUGGAACGUCGACGACUACGAGCUGUUUGCUUUCUUCCAGAAACGAUACAAGUUCAGAGGGGAACUGUUUAUUGAGAUAUCAGACACUUACACAUUUGUUUUAGAUCACAAUGGCAAAAGCCGAGGAUUUGGUUUUGUCCGUUUCUCAGAAGAGAGUGACCAGCAGAGGGCGCUGAUAGAGAUGCAACACAUGACUGGACUUGGUCGGCGACCAAUCAGAGUCAGUCUCGCAUCGGUCAAGAGACCCAGUGAUCCUCUGUCUGGAGCUGCACCAGUAGCCAUGGCCCCACCUGCUCCACACAACAAUUAUUACACUGGCCACGACUCGUGGGGUGGUUACAAUUACCAAUACUCUCAGCCGUACCCACAUGCUCCUCCUGCAGCUGUGGAUUAUCGGCAGAACAAUUCCCAAUUUCCGACUUCUCUACCAGAAGUUGAAGAUGAUUCAGAACUUCUCGAAGAUCCUGGUCUAGAAAUUAAUGUGGGCAAAGAGAACCGGGAGUUUAUUGAGUCCAGUGAGUCAUUUUUUACAGCCUUGGAAAAAUCCAGAUGGCAACCAUUGGAUAACAUAUUUUCUGAGAUUGCUGAUUAG